AUGGUCAAAGAGACUAAAUUCUACGACGCUUUGGGUGUCUCGCCGGAUGCCUCUGAUGACGAUAUCAAGAGGGCCUACCGGAAGCUUGCCCUGAAGUAUCACCCUGACAAGAACAAGGACCCAGGCGCACAGGAGAAAUUUAAGGAGGUUUCUGUAGCCUAUGAAUGUCUCUCGGACAGUGAAAAACGCAGCCGGUAUGACCAAUUUGGUGAGAAGGGUGUCGACAUGGAGAGUGGUGGAAUUGACCCAACAGACAUCUUUGCAAGUUUCUUUGGCGGAAGUCGUGCUCGGGGAGAACCCAAACCUAAAGAUAUUGUGCAUGAACUUCCUGUCCCCCUUGAGGCAUUCUAUACUGGCAAGGUGAUCAAGUUGGCUAUCACACGUGAUCGUCUUUGCGAGGCAUGUGGGGGUUCCGGUUCCAAAAUUCCAAAUGCCAGUGUUACUUGCAAGGAAUGCAGUGGACAUGGUGUGAAAGUUAUUACGCGCCCCAUUGGCCCCGGUUUUAUUCAGCAGAUGCAGGUGACAUGUCCCAAAUGUAAUGGAAAAGGUACAGAUAUGAAGGAAGAAGACAAAUGUCCUACGUGCAAAGGCAAGCAAGUUUUGAAAGACAAGAAGGUAUUUGAAAUUGUUGUUGAGAAGGGUAUGCACCGUGGGGAUAAUGUAACAUUCCGUGGUGAGGGCGACCAGAUACCAGGUGUUCGACUUGCCGGUGAUAUUAUUAUCAUAUUUGGUCAAAAACCCCAUCCUUUAUUCACUCGAAAGGGUGAUCAUCUCCUUAUGGAGCACACUAUCUCAUUGGCAGAGGCACUUACUGGUUUUAAGUUAAAUGUUAAGCAUCUUGACGGCCGCGAUGUUUCUAUCAAUUCUACUGGUGUUGUGGACCCCGCAAAACUCUGGUGUGUGGAGAGGGAGGGAAUGCCAGUCCCCAACACUGGUGGUGUUGAACGCGGUGACCUUGUCGUGAAACUCCAUGUAAAGUUUCCUGUCGGCCGGGAAUUUACACCCGAAGAAAUUCAGGUACUCCGCGGUAUUCUGGGAUACCCUGAGCAAGCUGAACCUCAUUCCGACGCUAUGAUAUGUAAUUUGAAGGAAACUUCUAUUGACCUUGAAAAGGAGGCUAGUCGACGACGACAAGCAAGCACCGACGACGACGACGACGCACCUCAAGGUCACGCGGGUGCAAGAUGCGCGCAGCAGUAA